AUUCUAAGGCUGUGGGCUGCCAACCUAUUUCAAAUAGUAGUUCUGUCAACAAUUUCAACACAAAAUUAAAUCGAAUUUAUGUGUGCAUAGGGCUUAUGUUUAAAUCAUUUAAGGACUUGCUCAAACCUAGCAUGACUGCUUUCGUAGAAAUAGACGGCUCUUAUCUAGAGGGUGGCGGACAGGCCCUACGAAAUGCUUUGAGCCUAAGCGUAUUACUCAAACGUCCUGUGCGUGUGGUUAAGAUACGGGCAAAUCGGCCCAAGCCGGGACUAUCCCAUCAACAUUUGCACGGCGUCAAUCUGUUGCGUGACAUUGCCAAAGCGGAUGUCACUGGAAACAAGCUGCUGUCCACAGAGCUGGAGUUCACCCCACAUAAAAUUACUAGUGCCAUGUAUAAGAUGGACACACGCACCGCAGCUAGCAUAACGCUCAUAUAUCAGAUGAUUAUGCCGGUGCUGCUCUUUGGUGGCAGCCCAUCCCGCGUAGAUGUGAUUGGCGGCACAAAUGUGUCCUUUUCUCCGCAAGUGGAAUACAUGCAGCAGGUGCUGCAGCCUACAUUAAAACGCUUAGGCGUCAAUUUUGAUCUCAAGGUACUGCACUAUGGAUUCUAUCCGCGUGGCAGUGGACGCUGUCUACUCGACAUUGAGCCGUUAAGGAUGCUGAAAGCAGUAGAACUUACAGACUUUGGCAAGUUUAAAACUGUGCAGGGACUCACCUACUAUGCCGGUCGACUGCCCAAGUGCAUUGCCUUUGACAUACAACACUCAGCGGAGCGUGAGAUGCAUCGCCUCUGGCCGGGACAUGAGUGCAAUAUACAAGUGCAUAAGCAUAUGCCGGAUAAGGCGCGCGAUAAUGGCGCUGGACUUAUAUUAGUAGCAGAAACAAGCACGGGCAUUACUUUAGGCGCUGCUGGCCUCGGUGAGAAAAACAUUGAUGGUCACUUCAUUGGCUCCAAUGUCUCUUGCGAGCUGGCCGGCUACAUUAAACAUGAGAUCUGUGUGGAUGCCCAUAUGCAGGAUCAAUUAAUUAUUUAUAUGGCGCUGGCGCAAGGCUGCUCACGUAUAUUAACUGGUCCGCUUACUAAGCACACACGAACCGCAAUUUACGUGGCCGAGCAGAUGGCUGAUGUGAAGUUUAACAUUGAGUACGACGAUAGUGGGCACACUCUAAUUAGCUGCGAGGGCAUUGGGUAUUGCAAUGAAUACCUGGCUUAAAUUAUUUAUGUUUAACAAUAUAUGUAUAUUUUUGAACAUGUACACAUGUUUGUAAAUAUAUGAUUGCAUGUUCGCGUGCCCUA